CGGUUAAAGAUCUGAUAACAUUCAUUUUAAAACACCGAAAAUCAGAUGGGGGUAAAAACUUUUCAACAGCACUGUUCUUGCAAGUUUUGUUUAUUUCUCCUGCACUUUAAAAUUUUCUUAUGAGGUGGCACAUGCUAUCUUCUCCAAUGCAAUAGAAGGAUCUUGAGAUAUUCCCUCUUAUGUCAAUACCGGGGUCAAAUGGCUCUCCAGGAGCUUGAUGUUACAUAAUUUGAUGUUUAGGCAUUCAUCAGAAGAUAUCAUGUGUUGGCCUAGACCUUGCUCAGUGAUGUAUAGUCUGAGUAGAUACUUCAGCCAAUCAGAAGACAGAUCUCCCAAGGGUAAUAUUAAGUGGGAGGGAGGGCAUAGUACCCCCUUGGGACCCGACUGGGCAAUGAAGGGCUCAAAGGAACAAUGGCCACCAAGCAGUCACAUCUUGCAGAAGACCUGUCAUGCCCCAUCUGUGGAAGUAUCCUGCAAAAGCCUGUAGUGCUCUUUUGCAGACAUCGAUUCUGUAAAGUUUGUCUGGAGAGCCUGUGGAACGGUGGAGGAUCUUGCGAAUGCCCCCUUUGCUGUCAGCCAUCAUCUAUGGGGGAGCUCAUAGUCAAUACCAUGCUUGAGAAGACCUGCGAGGGCUUUCUGGAGCGCUGCAAAAAUGACCCUCUUGCGUGCAAGGAGCACGGUGAGGCCUUGACACUCUUUUGUUUGGAGGACCUGGAACCCACUUGCAGCAAAUGCAAGUCAUCUGCCAAUCACCAGGGCCACAGGUUAUAUCCAUUAAAUGAAGCUUCACAUGACUGUAAGGAGGAACUGAAAAAUGCUUUGAAACCACUUCAGGAAAAACUGAAGCUCUUCCGGAAAGUGAAACUCACUUGUGAGCAAACAAUACAUCAUAUUAAGAGGCAGGCAGAGAACACGGAGAGGCACAUACGAGAGGAGUUUGAGGAGCUGCACCAGUUCCUGCGAGACGAGGAAGCAUCCAGACUUUCCAUGCUAAAGCAAGAGAAGGAUCAGAAAAGGCAGAUGAUGAGCGAUAAGAUUGAAGAUUUGGAGAAUGACAUCACUUCACUCAGCAACACCAUCAGAACUGUCGAACAGCAGAUGAGAUCUCAGGACAUCCCAUUCCUCAAGAAUUAUAAAGACACCGUAAAGAGAACCUGGCGUGUUCCCCAGGAUCCAGAGAUGAUAACCGGUUCACUGCUUGAUGUAGCCAAACAUCUAGGCUCAUUAAAGUUUAAAGUCUGGGAAAGAAUGAUGGAAAUCAUUCAAUACACUCCAGUGACUCUUGAUCCAAACACCGCGGCCAGCUGCUUUCUCCUGUCAGAGGACCUGACUACAAUACAGUGCUGCUCUCAGACCUUUAAACUCCCAGAAAACCCUGAGCGCUUUGAUAUAGGUGCAGAGGUGUUGGGCUACGAGAGCUUCAGCUCUGGGCGACACAGCUGGGACGUGGAGGUCAAAAACAACACCUACUGGGUCAUUGGAGUUGCGAGCGCAUCUGUCAGCCGGAAGGGAAAGCACGUGUUGACCCCUGCAGAGGGAUUCUGGACCAUUAGGCUACGAAACGGAGAAUAUAAAGCCUGUACUGCCCCAUGGUCCCCGCUCACUAUGACUAAGGAGCCACAGGUGGUGAGAGUCGUAUUGGACAUGAACAGGUCCAGGGUGACUUUCUACGACCCACGAGAGAGAACGCCUCUGUUCACCUACACGGACAUCAUCACUCCGAGAGCGUUCCCGUACUUCUGCAGCGCCUGUAAGGAACACCCAUUGAAAGUGUUGCCAGCUUGGAUCUCUAUCAAGACAGACUGAUGUGAAGAAUGUCCCUCUCAGCGUUUCUUUGCUCAAGGCUCACCUCUCAUGUUACGUGUGGGUGAGCUAGGAUGAAAAUAACCUUCGGUUCCACGCUCCGGUUCGGGUUUUAAAACCUUUGUUUUUUAAAAGGUGAAUGUCAUCGAAACGGUCAAUGCUUAGAUCACAUUUUACUCAGGAGAAAAUGAAAUAAAGGGUGAUGAGAUAUACCCAUAUUGACAAUAAUAUUGACAUUAAGAAAAAUGAAUAUUAAUAUCUUAGUAGUAGACUGUAUUGCACCUCAAUGGCUGCAUCUGGAAUCAAAUUGCUUGCCAAUUAUAUACUGUAGUAGGCAAAAAAAACAGCAUGUGAAAUGAGUAGCAUGUAUGAAUUCACAGUAUUCACAAAACUAAAGGCAAAAAGUACCCAGAUGACCUGCUACUUGAUUCUGAAGUGUGCAUCCAAUGGACACUUUACUAUCCCACGAGGCUACAGGUGAAGGGUUGUGAAUGGCAGAAAAGAGUUGCAGCUGCCGGUGGGUCACAUGAUUAUGACAACAAGGUGAAUGUAGUAUGUUGAAAUUACAUUAAUUUUACAUUGAACUUUUAUUUUGAAUGGUCGCAAAAUAAUUACUUAGCCACAGCUUAAUACAGCCAGCGUGUAGAUAGAUACUACUGCCACACAAAACCAGGUCAGACGGGACGACAGGUGAAAGCCAGACACCCACAGCUGAACAAAGUUCGCUUCUCCAGAAUGGAUUCCGUUAAAAUCCAUAUUUUCAGUGCGAUUCAUUUAAGUUUGAGAUGAAUUUGACUGAUUGCUUUAAAAAAUAAAUACAUACAUUGCAGUUAUACUGUUAUUGAGAAUUCUUUUGGUCAUGAUAAUCUAACCUGAUCUCAAGUGCAUAUAAAUAGUACAUCAAAUAAAAACUUAAAAUUCAAAUAAAAUCUUAUAAGGGCUGUCACAA